GCCCUCCCUUCAUCUCGUCCCGCCGCCGACCCUCAUCGCUUUAAUCUUGGUGGGCCGGGGAGGGAAGGCGGGGGACGUCAGUGCCGAGUGGGCUGGUCCAGGGCAAGGCAGGGCAGAGCGAGGCAGCCUCGCUUUACACGGCUCCUUCCCUCCCGCGGGAAGCAGCAGCCGCCCUUCUGGACUGGCCGCGCCGAGGCCUGGCGGAGAGGAGGCUGGGACCGACCGAGGUGACCCGAAGGGCUCCGCCGAGACGCGCUCAGGGGCGCUUCGUUCCCGGCUCUGGGAAUUGACUGGCCGGGAGGGAGACUGCGAGACAGCGGUCGUGGACGGCGGAAACACUCUACAUUUCUGAAUGGCAGUCCUCUUUUUCUCAGAAGGAAGGACUCUGAUAUAUUGAUCAGGUGUGAAGUAUCAAACCAGAGGCAGUCCUCUGUAAACUCCCACACAGGGUUGAAACGUCAUAUGCCAGUAUGACUAUUAGCACAGAUGUACACACUUCAAAGUUCGGCAGUCAAAGAAGAGGAACAGAGAAACAAGAUGUUUAGAGCCAACGACGAAACUGCUUGCAUGACUACCGCCUUCCAAGAAAGCCUUCAGUUUCUGAAGUUGAAGAAUAAGUAAACGGAAACAAGGAUUACAUAUUAUAUUCCUUUUUUAUUUCUUUUUAACCACUUGGGAUUUUACUCUUUGAAUUGACGUGGCCACAAGCACUGGACAGCAAUAUGUGUCAUGUCAUUGUUACUUGUCGCUCAAUGUUGUGGACCCUCUUGAGUAUCGUGGUGGCAUUUGCAGAGCUCAUAGCCUUCAUGAGUGCAGAUUGGCUGAUUGGCAAGGCCCAACCUGGAAGUUUUCAGGACACAGACAGCAGGAGGGCAGGAUCAGUGGAUCCCUAUCGUCCAACCUUGGGGAUCUAUGGACGUUGCACCAGAAUUGAGCACCACCACCAGUCUUCCAUGCCUGAUACAUCUUGUGGCCCCUAUGCAGAUAACUUCAGUGAAAUUGCCAGUGGGUUUUGGCAAGCUACUGCUAUUUUUCUUGCUGUAGGGAUCUUGAUACUCUGUGCUGUUGCAUUCGUUUCUGUUUUCACCAUGUGUGUACAGAGUAUUAUGAAAAAAAGUAUUUUUAAUGUCUGUGGGCUGCUACAAGGAAUUGCAGGACUAUUCCUUAUCCUAGGGUUGAUCUUAUACCCUGCUGGUUGGGGUUGUCAGAAGGCAACAAGCUAUUGUGGACCUUAUGCUUCAGCUUAUAAACUUGGUGACUGUUCUUUAGGCUGGGCUUUCUACACAGCUAUUGGUGGCACAGUCCUGACCUUCAUCUGUGCAGUCUUCUCUGCCCAAGCCGAAAUCGCCACUUCCAGCGACAAAGUCCAAGAGGAAAUUGAAGAGGGGAAAAGCCUGAUUUGCCUCCUAUAACGCACUCUUCUUCAAACAAUUUUUUUUUCCUUAUCUCAAAAAUAAUGGAUUUGAAGUAGCUACUUGGACUCUUACAGGAAGAAUGAAGACAUGCAAGUGUUCCAAUAGUCCAACAUCAUAGAAGGUCGAAAGGCACUGAAGUCUACAGACAGUAUUAAAAAAUGUGAAGUAGUGAGAAUUCUGACACAUGGAUAUGAAGGAAUGCCACAAAGCAAACCUGUUGGCUUUCCAAUUACUCUGGAAACAAUUAUUUCUAUUUUGUCUUCACCAAGAUGAAUGAUUAUGAAGGAAUUUUUUUGAAGAAUAACUUGAAAUAUGUCAGGUUGUUUUCAGUACGUACAUUUUAAGACAACAUAAUCAGGCUCCAGUGUCAAAAUGGCAAGCACUACCCUAUUAAAUUACUCCAUAGCACCUUUUCAGAAAGCAGGUCAUGAAUAUUAAAAACACAUAGUAUUCUGGGUUGUAUGCAGUGGCACAUGGAAAGAAUGUCUUAAUUAAAAAGCAAGGCUUCCAGGUGAAACUAGUGAAUACAAUUUUCUUUUAAGCAAUACUUUAGACACACUGCUCAAUACAUACCUGAAGCAUGGAACUAUAACAAUUUAUGAGGGUAGCUCUGAGAACAUAAGCUAAAUUACUUUUAUUUUCAUUACACAGAUAAAUAGUUCCAUUAUUUGAUUAGUUAAUCUGGGUAGAUACGUAUGUAUAGCUAUGGGGAAAGUUUAGACUCUUGUAUAUCUAAUACUGAACUCAAGAUUUGUCUUCCAAAGGUGUGGGCAUCCUCCGCUAUUGGUCCAGUUGUAACCAACAUCACUACUGGCCCUUUCCAAGUACUACCAGUUGCCUAUAAGUCCAUUUCAAGUACAACUGGCCAUUGUGCUCAUCUAACAACAGAUACCAUGUGCCUAAAUUGUGACCAUAUGUUACUGAAUGCCUUUGGGACUUUUUUUAAUUGCAUCUAUAAGUUAAGUGUAUUGAUAGAUUUUUUUUCCAAAAAUGAGCCUUUUGCAUUAGUCAAAUAUGUAAAAAUGUUCUGAGAACGCAAUGUACUGCACUGCAGUGAUGGCUGUAGAAAGAAAAAUGAUGGGAGAACUAAUGCCUAACAUCCAGAUCCUCAAUUUUUAGAUUAGCCUUAUUAACACUGAUAUUUAAUGUAUCUUUUGAUAGACAGAAAUAAUACAUUGUAGUCUAAGUUGCCAGGAUGAAAUAAGCAGACUCUGAAUAGUAACUUAUUUCUAGCAAUAUCUUCUAAAAUUAAAAUUUGAAUCUUCAGUGAUGAGGAAUGUACUGUACUGUCUAACUCAGGAUUUUUGUGAAUAGCCACUUCUUUAACCACUGCUAUAAGUAUUCCAAGGAGGCGUUUGUGAAUUAAUUGUGUACCUGCAUGUUUUACAAUCUUGUUAAUUCAUUGAGCCCCAACACUGUUCAUGAGGGCUUAAUCAAACCCAAAUUGCUUUUGCAGUAUUGCUGUCAUAAUACCCCUUGUUCAGAACAUGUUUCUCUCACGAUAGAACCAUGAAAAGGAGACUGAACUGUUCACAUUUAAAAUAGUUGAAUAUUGAAAUUUGCUAAAGAAUUAUGUAGACUGAUCUGCAAUCUGAUGAUAAAGUAUGGUAAUAAGCGUGGACCCCAGUAUGGGUCCAAAACCAUCUUGCCUAUUCUGGCAGAUUAACUUUCCUAGUUUCAAGUGUAAAAUGAUAGGAUAUAAGCCAAAUUGUGGCCUGAUACUUUUUACAACCAGGUGCUUGAGAAAGCCUUGCUGAUCAGCAAUCCAAAACGGUUGGCGGCUGGGCUAUUAGUUAACUCUAAUAAAUUAAGUUCUAGUAUAAAAUUCCAUUCGGAGCAGAAGAAAUAUCUAUGCUGGAGUAAUAUGCAAUUUAUUUUCUCAUUGGUACUAUAACAUUUUUGUGUUGUAGAAAUUAAUUACUAAGAUUGGACUAGAGUCAAAAAUUUCAAGAGUACUUUUUAGUGUCAUUAAAGAUACAGGGCUAUUCGUAUGUAUGUAUGUAUGUAUGUAUGUAUGUAUGCAUACCCCCCCACACACAUACACAAAUGUACCAUGGUUUAUAGAGUAAAAUUUAAUUUGAUACUGCCGCCACAUGAAUGUUGUUACAUGGGUAAUCGUUGUUUUAACUAUGAUAAUUGGGAUUGGUAACUGUCACUAAGUGAUGCAGACAUAAAGUGUAAAUGACACAUUUUACAAGAGCAGUUCCAGUUGCCAUCAAUAAGUAGUUAGGCACAAUGUCAUGUGAUCACCAUUUGCCACCUCCUCCCGGUUACUCUGUUGACUCCGCUUGUGAAGGUCGCAAAUGGCAACCACAUAACCGUGGGACUCUGCAACCAUAGUAAUUGCAAGCUGGGUGACAAGUGCCUAAAUCACAAAUGUGACCUCUUGGAUAUUGCCACAGCCACAACUGUGAGGUAGUAAGUCUCCUUGUCCAGUGCUGCCAUAACUUUGAACAGUCACCAAAUGAAUGGUCAUUAGUCAAGGACUAUCUGUAAUUACUGUGACUAAGAUCAAGUGUACAUAUACUUCUGUCUAAACGUGCACAUGACUGACAAGGCACUCUUGAUUAAAAAUGCAUGACCAGCUCUUUAAUGUUUUAAAUUUCUGCAUCCUGAAAAGGCACUUUGGAAAUUAGUUGAGAAUAGCAGUUAAAGGAGAAUACAUAUUGGCCUCCUGAUAUGAAAAUAUUUUUUUUACAUUUUUCAUUUUCAUUGCCUUUCUCUUUUGCUUUUGCACAAUCUCAAAAUGAUUUUGGAAUAGAAAAGUUUGAAACAGUUCAGCGGUUUUAUAGCGCAUUUUAAAAAUUAAACUCUGGGACAAUAUUCUCACGUUUCCUUCUUUGAAUUGGCACCAAAGAAAAUCUUAUCAGAUAUUUUGAACAAACAGCUUUUACAAGACAAUAGAAGAAGUGAUACUUCAGAUUAUACAGAACAUUUAUUUUUUUAAAGAAAAGGUACUAAUCCCAACAAUACAUUAUUCUGCAUACAUCCCUUCAAGCAUCUCCAAUUUCUUUUUCCAAUCCAGGUUCAAAAUCUGUAUACUGAUCUUAUACAAUGCAUACUAGUUCUCCAACAUGUAAUUGAUUAAAUAUCACUCAAGUAUAUUCAUUGAUUGUUCAGCAAAUUUAAAUAAAAAAUAAGUUCCAAUAGAAGACAGCAGGCUGCAUAUAAGCAAACAUUAUUUUAUACAGGCAUCCAGUACUGUAUAAGGGAAAAUAAUAUAGGUUGAUGUCUAUGGGACAUCUGUAUUAUCUAUAAGCUAUCUUCAGAAUUUAAUCUCAUACAUUUGUUUACUUACAUCAACCAUAUGUGUCACUUUUUCAGAUCCAGACCUAUUGUUUUGGUUGAGUGAUAAUAUCCCAAUACAUUGUAAUCCAUUUUAGUAGGAAAACAUUGCAAUAAAAGUGGAAGAUCUUUAUAAUUAUAUAAAAUGAUGGGAUUGCUAAUAAUUUACUUCGUCUCUAAUCAUCAGCCUCCCUGAAGCUUCUGAGUCUCAGGGUCCCUGGUGUUAUGAGGCAGGAAUAAAAAGGAAGGGAAACCAGGUAGAAGCAAGCAAGAAGACAGGUGGGCAGUGGGGAGGGAGGUAAGAAAGGAAAAUUCACUUUUAUUUUUCUAAUUCCAAUGCAUUAACUUGAUUCUUUUUUUUCUGAACACUUAGCAAAUUAUGGUUAUUAUAACCUUAAUGAAAUUUCCUCUGCAAAAGUUCUGCCUCUUAAUGUUGGAGUAUUACAGUUCUUAGCAUUGAUCUCCUUUUUGAGAAGGAUGCUAGCAUUUGUAAUUCAUAGCAAAGUGGAGUAUAACAGCUUGUUUACUUUAUAAACAAGGUUGUAAACAGAGUAAACAGGGAUGCAUGCAGACUAGUAAAUCUUAGCAUAUGUACUUGGUUUGUUUCCUAAUUGUGGCAUUGCUUUACAGUACUUAACAUUUUAACUACAUCACCAUCUCCAUCUGAUGCAGUUACCAUAACUGCCUCAGAAACACCCUCAAAAUAAUUUUUGUGUGGGGCUAUAUGCACUGUGUUUGAUAACUCUUAGUUUUGAUUGAAACGUCAGGCAAUGAAAUCUUAUUCAUAAACAUUGGAACAAGUAGGGCUAUCAGGUUGGAGCUAUAAAGACAACCACAGAUGAUAGAUGCAGAAAAUUUGCUAUUUCUAUGACCUUCCAGAUUUUUAUGGUCCAGAUACAGUAGCUCUUACAAUAACUGAUAUAGCAUGUGCAAGAUCUACAGUAUGGUAUUGUACAAUAUUUCUGAUAGAUGUAGUAAUAAUGUUUUUGUAUUACUGCCUAGUCAGUAAAUUGGGAGUGAUAUUUCUGGGAAAUAUAUGGCACAAUUUAAUCAGUUGAAUAUUCAGUAUCACAACUUUAAGUUUGUAUGCAAUAUCCCACAUACCUUCUGUAUUUAAAUAAUUAGGCCACUAUAUUCCCAACUAGCAAAAACGUGUGGUUUAAGAAAUCUUUUCGGUGUCUCUUCUUUAUUUUUUUUAAUUAAAUAUAUUUUACAGAAUACUAUAUUAACUUCCCACAAUGGCACACAUGACUUCUUUUUAAUACAUAUUACUUUAAAUCAAGAAAUGGUUGGUGAUUAAACCUGUGUUCAGGCAGCUCAAAAUAAAACACUGUGGAUGAAUCAUUUUAUAACAUUUAUUGUGUUAUCUUCUGUUGCAAUUUUCAAAUAAUAAAAAAUUCAAAUUAUAACAUAUAUAAUAUGCAGUAAGGACUUUAAAACCGAUUUGAAAGAGUCCAGAAUGGCAUAUCCUUGUGGAAUAGGGAAGUUACUGCAAUAUUAUUUAACCAUCGCUAUAAAAUCUUUCUGUGGAGAAAAAAAAGAAUGUUGAAAAUACAGUGAAACUUUGAUUUAACAGUCCAAUUGGGGGGAAGGGAUGUCUGUUAUUCCUAAUUGUCCAUUAAAUCAGAGUAUAUAAUCUGUGGUGACAUUAUGCAGAGGUAUAAAUUGCACAUACUUUACAUUAUAAUACGUCAUUUGUGUAACCUUAUUAAGCAAAUGAUAUAAAAACAACAUAAGUAUAUAAUGGGAAUGUUAUCCAUAGCAUCUGAAGUCUAUUGCACUCAGGUCUGUUGAAUCAAAACUUUACUGUAUUGUAAUAAGAGAUUUCCAAAUCUUUUGAAAUCUGGUUAUUCCAAGCUUACUCAUUUAUAGCAUUCUGUCUCAAUGUGAAAAGUAUUCACAUAUUUAGAAACUCAUGCAUUGAUCAACAUUAAAGAGAGAACAGUAAAAAGUCAUUUGAUGAGCUACAGUGUGCUGUUGGGCUGCAUUGCUAAUUUAAUUUUCUACAAUAUUAGUAAUUCUUUGUCUAAUAAACCAUAAUUAACCCCUGAAUGUUGGGUGUCAAUUUAUUUCUGAUUUUGUUACAUUAGUACGGUAGUAAUUCAAUGUUUUGAAAGGUGCCUAAACCGGGAAAUCUGUAAAAAAAAGGGGGGGGGGAAUUAAAAUUUCAUUAGUUUCUGAGUACAAAAAGAAAGGGUUGUAUUUCCACUGUGCCAGAUUUUGUCCACAAAAGGUUCUUUCAUGAUAUGUGAUGAGCUAACCAGGGCGCUAGAUUUCUUUCUUCCAAACAAGGAGCCAUUUGAAGACAACAAUCAGGCAAUUCUUUCUUCAGUCACUUUCUUUCUCUGACAGCUGGCGCACACACCAUCUCCAGCAUAUCAUCAGGAGGAUCACUACUGUGCUACUUGGUCAUGCUAAGCCAGAAUUUUUAGAAGGUUGGUUUUGUGGGCAAAUGCAACCCAUGAAACAACUGGACAGCAUAAAUUUCAUAAAAUGUUACAACUGUCUAUCAAAAAAUUGGAUAAAUAACUAUAACAGAUUCACCUCUUUUCAAAUGUUACAUGCUAGAAAAGACAAAAGAAAGAUUGUAGAAUGACUUUACCAGUUCUCUAAACUUUCUCUUCAUAAAUCAUGUACACAUGGCCAACAAAUAUACGUUAUUAUUCCUUUUAUUAUGCAGUAUUCAAAUGAAGGUAAGAUACUACCAUGACAUAAUCUUAUACACCCUUGGACCCCUGCUUCCUAAAAUAUUUUUACUUCUUAGGUAAGGUUUUCUAUGAUUUCCAGUAAAAUGCAAACUCUGCAUCAAUACAGGAAGUUUAUGGUCAAUUAUUAUAUGGAAGAGAAACCAGUAAGUGCAAUAAUUAAAUAAUUUCCAUUGCAUUUUGAUAAUCAGAGGAACUUGACACAUGAAAUACAUUUAUUCUAAAAAAGCACUUUAAAAAGUUUUCAUUGAACAGUGAAAAUGAAACAAGCUAUUAUUUAGAACUAUUCUAGAAAGCUUGAAAGAAACUUAACAGUAUUAUGACACAGCUUAGGAGCAUCUUUUUAUUAAUGUACUCUACUGAAAAUUACAUUUUACAUUUUUAAUGUCAUUUUGCAAGCUAUAAAUACUUGCUUUAAAAAAAUGAAUUGAACAUCACAAAAUGGAGCAUGUUUUUCAUUGCCUUGGCCAUGUAUAAUUUGGUAGUUACAAAUUAUACAACAAGCAAUGCAAAGGAAAUUCAUCUGCCAUUACUGAUUUGCACUGUUUACUCUCAACUGUAAACAGAUCAGCAAUUCUUGUUUCCAGGGGAAACACUAAUUGCUUAUAGGAAGAACAGACUAAUGGCACUUUAAUAGUUAAGUUUUAUUACUGCACAAGCUUUUAUGGACUAUAGUUCAUUUAUUUGCCUUUUGCAAUGGCAUAUAUGCUAAUGAGCAAUUUCUAUAACUCAAUGGUUGAUUAACUGUAACAGUUAUGUGUUUUGUAGAAAUGGCCAAUCUUGGUUUGUUUUCCUGCACUGAUAGAGUACAGAAUAACCAUUUCCUUUCCUUUUCUUUUUUUAAAAAACGAAAAAGACUGCUGAAUCCUAAGGUAUUUGUCAUAGUACCUUAUUCAAAAACAUACUGCAGGUAUUUUAAACAUAUAUAGUAGUAUCAAGUAAAAAUAUACCCCCAAAAGAUAAAUAAAUGUCUGCUUCUACUAGAACAGUGGUUCCCAAACUCUGCUGGCUGGAGAAUUCUGGGAAUUGAAGUCCACAAGUCCUAAAGUUGCCAAGUUUGGGAACCACUGUACUAGAACAUGAGUUCUAGAUAGUUUCCCGAUUCUUGCCAUGUAAAUACUUAUCAAUAUACUGAACUGCAUAUUAUCCAUUUAUAAUGACGUAGGGUUAUAAUGUUGUGGGAAUACUCUUAUUGUAGCAGACAAAUAUAAAGUUUAAUUACAAGUAUCAGUCAUCCACCCAAUUUUUUUAAAAAAGUGAUUUUCCACAGUGAAGAGGACUUUUAGAUACUUAAGAUGAUGACUUAUUUGAUGACAUUUUCUUUCCUACGCGGCUCAGAAGGCAGCCUUUGAGAACUAAACAGUAAAGUGGCCAAUCACAAGUGUAACAAAGAUAACAUUCAACGCCCUCCAUUCAAAACAAAUGCUAGGAAAUAGUAUGCAUUUUCAAAGGUUCCAUUUUACUUCCAAGACUUCCUCUAGUAACACCUAUCAAUUGCAUAAAUUUCAAUAAUUUUCCUUUUUAAAUUUCCCAUUUAUUUCCUUGAAAAGACAAGCCCAGCACUUGAUUUUUCUUUCAAUGCGUUGUUCUGCAAACAGACAUAGUUUUGCCAUGGUUGAAGACUAGAAUUUAUAUACAAUGGGAAAAAAAACCAACUCUCUGUUCCAGCAUUAGUUGUGCAUAGUUACAUGGGACUAAUAAUGUCAGAAUAAAAAUGUGGAAUGCUACCAAUGUUGAUCCACAUCACAAUGCUCCAAAUAAACUCUCCUCUAUAUUCUGCCUCCAGGUAACUACAUGGGACUAGAGCUGAACUGAGACAAAAACCUGGUGUUCUCUGUACAUAUUAAUCUUUUGGUAUUUUAUCUUGCAUUUUACAAAAGACCCUACUUUAUUUUUUAAACUAUACAGAGUAAACAAUCAGGAAAUGUUUUAUUCUAUGUCAUUGAAAUAAUACAAUAAAUAUGCAGAACUACCCAGACAUGCAGUAUCACAGAAUCUGUGUGCAUUUAUACAGAAUUGUCACAUUCACAAGGAUGGCAAAGCAUCACUAGUAAUUUACAAAAUAUACAGACUUUCCUCACCUAAAUAUCUCCAAUGACAAAAUUAGAAAUGACAAACUAUUGACAUUCUAGUAUGAUCUAAAAACCAUUACAACUGGGUGUUUACAAAAUUAGUGUAGUAAUCGGUCUAGACUUGUUCACCAACAGACUUCGAUAGUAUUCGUUUGUUAAAUAUUUAACAUACAACAGCCUUCUGCCA